GGGAUUGUUCUUGCCGUCACCCUCAAGAAGACGUGGAAGUUCAGGAACCGUCAAGGCGCCAGUGGCCCAGAUUUGAGUGCUCUCGUUGUGCGCGACGGAACUUUGCUGUUCUUGUAGGUCUGUCAAUUCUUUAAAACUGCUAUGGGCUUGACAAAGGCCGCCUCCAGCGUCUUGGUCGUGCUUGCUAGCAUUGACAUGGUGCUCGUCCUGGUAUCGUACUUCGGCCCCGCUACAGAAUUUGUCCAGAAUCUCUGUCUCGUCGCGAACCUCCUCGUUGCUCUACGUGUCGUCCUCGUCUGCCGCUUCAUGCUCAAUCUCCGCUCGAUUUGCUUCUCCAAUGGCUCUCCCCAAGAGCAUGUCGACUUCCCGUCCCUUCCAUCCUUACCAGAUACGCCCAAGUUCGAUUCUCAACUUCCCCCUGGGCUCAAGAUCGGAGAGACACCACAAUUCGAUCCACACAAUGUCUCGCACAACGCUAAACCCGGUGGCGAGAGCAACGGGAGUAGGUUUGUGGCACUGGCCAUCGGAAACCUUGGCUCAUGCCUCAAAUCCCCGCGACGUGUGGAUGCAUGCAAUGAAACAGAAGAGGUCGAAUGCCGGACCGACGGUGCCAAUCUCGGUGCCAAUGCGAACUGGAGUAUGGAUGGAGAUACGUUGAUGGCUGAUGAUCCGUUCGAGGUCGGCAUGAUGCUCGAGUCCAUGCAGAUGGCCGUGGAAGCCGAGGUGAGGGAAGUCUCGGGAGGUGAUUUGGAGGGCGCAAAUAACAUGGAGGAGGCGCAGCCGCAUUCAUCCUACGAUACUGCGCUGCACAUCCUGUAUACCGGGAUGUUAACGCUGAAGAACCCUCCAUCAGCGGUUGACACAUUUUACAUAUCUUCUCUGCGUAAAUAUUGGUCGGAGAUGAUGGUGCGCCUCUGGCUCGAUCCUGCCAAUACUGCCCACUCUGACGAUGACAUGGUCAGCGAGCGUAUGAUAAUACAGCUUAUCGUACACUCCAUAUCCUGUUCUGACCCCUCUUUCCUUGAGUUAAUGAGAGAAGACAAUGAUCUCACCCUCUCUGUCGCUGUUCGAUACUGGACACACUCGAACACUCCCUCAGAGUUUGGACUUCUGGAACAUUUCCUCGUCCUCGUCAUAUCUCCGGAACACGUAGCUGCCAACGAAUCUUCGCAUCCGCCACUCCACAAGCUUUUUCGCGACAUCCAUAGAGGAGCGGGAUCGUUCCGGAAAUUCUUCUCGAAUAUUGAAUCCUCCUUGAGUUGGCUCGUCGGUAAAGACGCGGCGAAGGCCGUAGACCUUCUCGACUGUCUGGUGGCUUACGGGUGGGCUCAGACUUCGCUAGAACCAGGAGAACAACCCGAUUUUAUUCGAAGUCUUGUGAGGGCUAGCAAUCUGUGGACGACUCUUUGCUUCCUCAUGACCAGAACCGUAAAAGACGAUGAGAAAGGAGACUCUUCAGGAUAUGCUCUCUAUACAAGUAUCGUAGCCCUCAUCGGCUCAUUCCUCCAUCGACAUAUGCAAUCUCUACCAAACGAAGGACCCCAGUUGGUGAUAAUUCUGGUUCGAGCCGGAACAAUAGACGCUCUGGAUAUAACGCUGCCACACUUUAGCUCUCGAAAACCAGAGGUCUCCAAGGAACUGAACAAGAUCAUGUCGGCCAUUCUCUCAGCGAUGGACCUACAACCCUCUCUGCGCCAAGUACUCCGCGUCCACCUCCCUCGUCCACGCAUUCUACGAGCUAUUCUCGACCACACGUACAUGCCUCCGGGGAAGGAGUCCAUCUAUGGCGACUUCAUAUACACCAUCAAACCCUCUGCGACAUUCGACGUGCACAUUCGCCCCUCGUUGCUCUGGAUGACUGGAAAGAGCAUCGUCUGA